AGGCGUUCACUAUCCAGUGAGCUUCCAGAGGCUGGUGGCACUAUUCAUUGGAACAGGCUCUAAGACCUUUACCUCCCUCAGGCUCCUGAGCAUCAUGCCUUGCUCUAAGAAUGCUGAUUACUUACAGAAGCUGUGCCUUCUGCAGUGGCUCUUCGGCUACCUUACCAUCUUUUGGAUCGUGCAGCCGUUGUUAAUUUCCCUAUUUUUCACCCCCUUGUGGCUGCUACCAACACUUUACUUUGGCUGGCUAUUACUCCUGGACUGGAAGACUCCAAAUCAAGGUGGUAGGCGUUCAACCUGGGUAAGGAACUGGAAAGUCUGGACCCACAUCAGAGACUAUUUCCCCAUUAGUAUCGUGAAGACUAAGGACCUGUCCCCUUCAUGCAACUACGUCAUGGGGGUCCAUCCCCAUGGUCUCUUGACCUUCGGUCCCUUCUGCAACUUCUGCACUGAGUCCACAGGCUUCUCGAAGACCUUUCCAGGAAUCACUCCUCACUUGGCCACACUGUCAUGGUUCUUCAAGAUCCCCAUUAUUAGGGACUACAUCAUGGCCAAAGGACUAUGUUCUGUGGGCCAGCAAUCCCUUGACUACCUGCUGAGCCAUGGCACUGGAAACCUCGUGGGCAUUGUUGUGGGAGGAGUGGGAGAAGCCCUACAGAGCACGCCUAACACCACCACCCUCGUCCUCCAGAAGCGCAAGGGGUUUGUGCGCACAGCCCUUCGACAUGGGGCUCAUCUGGUCCCUACCUUCACCUUUGGAGAAACUGAAGUAUAUGACCAGGUGCUGUUCCCUGAGGAUAGCUGGAUGUUCAAAUUCCAAAACCGUUUCCGCCGGUUCUUUGGUUUCUACUUUUGCAUCUUCUACGGAGACGGCCUCUCUCAAGGAUCCAAAGGAGUCCUACCAUACAAGAAGCCCCUUGUCACCAUAGUUGGGGAGCCUUUGCCAGUGCCCAAAAUUGAAAAGCCAAGCCCAGAGAUGGUGGAUAAAUACCAUGCACUAUACAAGGAUGCCCUGCACAAGCUGUUCGAGCAGCAUAAGGCCCAGCAUGGCUUCUCUGACAGCCAGAAGCUGCUGUUCGUGUGAUUGAAGAAACUGUACCUGAGAGCAUCUGUGUUGGAGCUGAAACUGGGUUGCCUAGAACCACGGAGGAAAUACGAAAGAAGUUGUGUGUACAGCCAGGGAGAACACUUUAAGAGCUCCUUCUGGACCAUAACACUGCCCCUGCCCAUGCCCCCACAGGAGUUGUCCCUGAGGAGCCCCACCCAGGCAUUCCUCAGAGGGAACAGCCUGUGGUCCUUUUGUCCCAUACCAUGAAGGAUUCAAAUGAUGACCGGGCAGUCACCACUCUAAUUUUUAAAACUCUUAAUAAAACAUUUAAAUUAA